CCUCAACCAUCUCGGAUCGGUCGGUCUUCUCCGUCUCUGAUCGUUCGGAUCGUUCGGACUCCAACAGGACCGAUUCGAAUUCUGGCCAUCCCUUGCAGCGCUUGCUAGGACAUGUAAAACCUUCUACGAGCCCGCAAUGAAUUUGCUGUGGGCUAACGUGAACGGGAUAGAUCUACUGCUAGGCUGUGUUACGAGGAUACAUCCGAUGUUAUAUCGUGGUCGUGAAGUGUUUCAAAUACCGCGUUUGCGAUCUGAAGGCGUCGAACCAUUAUCGGAGGACGAGAACCGUCAAUUUUUGCGUCAUGCCGCCCGAGUGCGCUCAAUGCAUAUAAGAUCCGACCAACAUCUUCGCCUUCUCAAGGUCCUUCCCACUCAGAAAUACAUGUUCCCGAGAUUAUUGUCAUUGACCUGGGAUGUCCCGCAUCCGAAUAACAGAGAUUUCCAACUCUUCCUGUCCCCUACGCUACGCCAUUUCCAAGUAUCGGCCCUUCAUACAGAUAUGCAAUCUAUUGGGAUCCAUUGUCCUGCUUUGGACCACUUAUCCAUCGAGGCCUCUGGCGAGUGCACAGUAGAUGAACAGGGUCUCCUUAGGCUGGCUGAAACUAUUUUCUCAUGCAAGCAGCUCAAACAUCUGGUUUGUCCACCGCUUGAUUGGGCAAUAUGGAACCACCUCUCCCAUCUCCCCACCAUUCUCAAAGUGGGGAUUGGUGACUACAAUUGCACCCCGUUCAAGUUGGCUCGGAGCAACAUUAAUCUCAAUUUUGCACCUUUCAUCAACCUCGUGGUCCUCGAAUUCAGCGUCAAGACAGCUGCAUACCCCAUUGCAGUCAUGAAACACUUAGAAUUCCCCGCGCUAAAAGAUUUGGAGGUGUCUGUCAGUGUUUUACCUUGGGCAGAGGCUGAGGAGCUCUUUCGGAUAUUGUCACAGUGCAGGACAUGGCACCGGACUCUCGAAGACAUCGCUAUAUUUUCAGAUGAUGAAAAACUCCAGACGUCCUCAACCAACUCUUUGACGGCGACUAGCCAAUUCUUCUGUUUCGCGCAGCUGCGAACACUGGCUCACUUUUGAUCAUUACACCAUCUACCUUGACAACGACCUUCUUUCGACAGCCAUGUCAAGUUGGCCGCACAUCCGCCUUUUGAAAUUAUCGAGUGACCCACGUCUUCCUCCAUCUACUGUAACAUUCCGCGGAUUAUUCGCAGCGCUCCGUCUACGUCCCCAGUUGGAAGACCUGCAAAUAUCGAUUGACACCGUGAAUAUUGAUAUUGAUCCUGAAGCCGAGUCAUUUCAACACACCUCCCUGAAAAUUUUG